AUGAAUUCCAGGCUAUAUGUUCGUUUAAGAAAUAUAAAUCAUUUAAUUAGUAAUCAUAAAAAUAAUUAUAUAAAGCAAAAAUUUAUUGGAGAAAGUACAUUAAAAUGCAAAGAAUUUUCGACAAUAAAAAAGAAUGCUCCUGCCAAUAAUAAAUUAAACGAGAUUAAGGACAAAGGGCUAUCUGAAAAAAUUGUCCACGAACAUGAAGGACACACAAAGGGAUUAUAUUAUCAUAUAGAUCAUCAUCAUGGUAAUCCACGUGAUCAUUUAAAUGAAGAUGGAACAAGAAAACAUGAAUACGAUUUCGAUAAUUAUCAUUGGGAUGAUUAUUGGUUAAGUACACCAAAACAAAAUAUUGUAAUUGUCAAUGGACAGAAAAUGAUUAAAGGAGAAGAAACUAAACCAAUGGAAUACUUAUUCAAUGUUAGUCAACAAAAUAUUCCUUUUUGGUCUAGAACAAGAUUGAAUGUUUGGGGAAAUUAUAAUAUGGUUUUAAAAGUAGAAUUUCUAUUUUUUUGGAUUCCAACACUUAUUAUUUUUAGCAUAGCCAUUCCAUGUUUCACGAUGUUAUAUAUGCUAGAUGAAAUAGUUCACACAACCAUGACAGUAAAGGUUAUAGGGAGACAGUGGUAUUGGAUUUAUGAAGUAGAAUCACCACCAGAAGAUGAUGAUGAGUAA